AUGGCGAUUUCAACCGACAAUGUCAUAUCUAUCGAGUCAUCCGAUAGCGACUCGGACUGCCAAAUUGUGGAAGUCGUUCCAUCGCCUGCUAAGCGAGGCAAGAACAAGUCGAGAUGGCAGAACAAGCUUUCUAGCAACACGCAAAGGAGAGGCAGAGAGACGACGAUGCGCCAACUAGACAAAGUCAUUGAUGAGGAUUGUCCCAGCAUGUCAUCGGCAUCGAAAGGAUACGCAAGGCGUCUGAGCGUGGAUUUGACGGUAGCGGGUUGUGGCCUCCAGGGUACGAACUCUGAGACGGAUCAUUUGCCUGAUACAGAGCCAAACGAUGUCGAUGCAGUGCCGCAUGUUGACCUGGAGGAUCCUUUCUCUAUUCAACGCUACAUUGACGACGAUUCGGAAGCGGCGAGCAUUUCAUUUCCAAGCUUGACGCAAUGUGUGGAGAGCAAACAAGAACCUCAAUUCGAAGAUGACGAUGACGAUGGAGAUGAGUUUGGCCAACGGAGGACUCGUUCUAGGUCCGCCUCCACGGCAACUCUCGACUUUUCUCCCGAGAGAGAAAGCCUCAGCGACUCGGACAAAGAUACGCAUGGGAUUGUUGGAAUGUUUGACGAGGCACCCGAAUCAACAGGAUUGGCUGAUACAAGAGACUGCACGACGCCGGAUGCCUGUACUAUGAGAAAGAUGCUGCAUAACAGCGGUUAUCUUACGCCAAUUGAGGAAUCUUGUUCAGAAAGGUCGGAUCCCAUCAUCUCGACGGUGGAACACAAAGAUGAAGAAAAUGUUUUUGAAGGAGAUUCGUUAAUUGAACCGAUCAACGUUCCGCUGCAACCUCACGGAGCGGCAUAUAAAUCCAGUCAUCGGCUUCCCCAGACAGGAAAAUGGGACUCGGUCGUCAACGUUGCUGCUUUCAAAGCUCUACCAGGGCCGUUGUUUACUCGGCCUAAACAGAUACUCGAUGUGGUUACGUACGAGUCCAUGAUGGAAGAGAAGGCGGCACAGCAGGCGAAGGAGGGGAGGGGAGAGAAGAAGCAAUAA